UCUCCACCCACGACCAUCACCCACCGCCCUUUUUGCUGCACGUUCCCUUGCGGUCCCAGAGGACAUAGAUUUGGCCGAGGGGAUGGCCUUCCCUGUGGACCUACUGGAUAACUAUAGUCAUGAAGAUCUGGAGAGUUCUGGAGAAGAUUAUCUGUCAGAUCUUAGAUGUGGGGAUCCAGACAAUCCAGAGUUCCUGUCUCUUGCCAAUAAUGUCAAAAUUCCAAUUUGUUUAUCAACGGUUGGCUUUGUACCCCUUUACGGUGGAGAGGAAAGACACAAAGUCCUUGCUCUGUUUGUACCAGAAGAUCCACUCACAGCUGUUGCCCUGUUCCUUGUUGAUCAGUGGUGGAUGAUUGAGGAUAUUGUGAAAACAUCUGUUCCUGCUAGAGAAGGGCUUCUACGGGUGAAGUCCCUUGGGGAGAGAGUGGUUCUUUAUGUGCUAAAUAGAAUAAUUUAUCGCAAGCAAGAUAUUGAAAAAAACGAGUUUCCUUUCCUGUGUCAUGGUAGCCAUGAUUAUGCAAAGAUACUAUGGAAGAAAGGAGAAGCAAUUGGGUUUUAUUCUGUUAAGCUUCCAGGAAGCAUAUGUAGUGCUUUUCUUACCCAGAGCUACCAGCUUCCAGUCCUGGACACAAUGUUUGUGAGGAAGAAACAUCGGGGGAAAGACUUAGGGCUACUGAUGCUGGAAGAUUUUGUGGAUUCUUUCAUGGAAGACACACUGGGCCUUCGGUUCCCACUCACAUCCUUUAUGCAUGCUGCUUGCCAGAAGUACUUUGAAAGGUACCCUGGGGAUCAUGACCUUCUGUGGGAAGUUGAAGGAAUAGGUCAUUUGCACCAGCGAACACCUGUAGCUAGCAUAUUGCAGAGAGAGAGUUUAAAAUAUAAAGAAGGUGCCCAAAAAGAUAGUAAGAGUUCCCAGAACGAGGAUCGCUUUCUCCAGCCUCCCAUAGCAAAUGAACAGUCUGCUGAACCCAAUGAAACACGGCUAAGUGUUGAUGCCUAUAAAAAUAGAGAUGGCUUAGAUGUAUGUGAAGGCACCUCUGAAGAGCUUAAUGCUAUGCUGCUUUCUACUCGAUCACGAAGCAAUCAUCUAAAACGUCCAAAGUUGGGGAAAAGGAUGCAAGAAUCUGAAAUUCCUGAAGGUGAAGAUGUGACUCUUUCUCAAGCAUCAGAAAACAGACUGGAACCUUUUGCACGUGUAUUUGAAAGUUCAGAAGAUUUGGAAGAUGAGAUGGAAGAAAAUGCAGAUGAAAGUGCACAGGAAGUGUUAGUUGAAAAUCAAAAACAACCAGUUCAAGAAACACCACAGCUAUGUCCCCUUUCUGAGAAACAAGAUGAUAAGGAGGAUAUUGACGUGGAGCCGCUCAACGGUGAACUAAUGGAAGAUGCUAUCAAGGUGUCCAUUGUGACUGAAGGGCAAACAGCAGGUGAAGUUAUAGAUGGCGAAUCCAAGUUGCAGUCAGACAGUUCAGAGGAAGCAACUUUAACUUUACUUGUCCCGUUGAUCCUUGAUUCUUCAGUGAAAUCCCCUGAAUACAGUGAUGACAAUAUUUCAGAUAAGGUUGAGAACAUGGCAGAUGCGGAAAUGUCACCAGAAGAGGAACAUCCAGCAGUACAAAGGAAAUCAGCCCUUGUUCCAAAUGCAGAUCCUGUUGCAGCAGCCGAAAAGGAAGAGCGUCCCAAUAAUGGCCUUUCAAACUCUAUAGCAAAUGAGGGCCCAGAAGAUACCACUUCUGAGAAUGUGUCUCCCAACACGACUUCCUCCUUAGAAGAGCAAAGCGAAGAGGGAGGGUCUGACUCGCCAGAAGUUCCUGGAACUCUGGGCCAGGGUGCUUUAGUGAUGGUUGAACUGGAGGAUAUCUCAUACCAGCAACACACAGAAGGGCAAAAGAACCAGCUGGAUGAACAGUCAGAAGAGUCAGCUGAGCCAGCAUCAGAGAGAGCUGCAGACAGUAGUUCAGAGGAAGCAGAAAUUGAGGUGCCCAUAGUAGACAGGCGGACCUUGCGGCGGAAGGCCAAAGGAUACAAGGGCCCCCCCAAGAAAAAGGGAAAGCUGAUUUGAAACGAGUGCUGUUAUCAUCCAGUUGGGACAGUUGCUGCUUUAUUUUUAUUUUUAAAAGAACAAGCUAUAUUAAACUACAUGGAACACUAGGACAUAUGAGUCACCCCCCCAAUCUUAUCACUUGGGUAUUAAUUUCGUAUGUUUAAUCACUAUAUAAAGUAUGGAAGUAAAUGACCAGUCAUGCUUUAAAAGAGGAAAAAAAAAGAAAAGCCCAUUUUAGUGCAGUUGUUUAAGCAUAGUGGUUUCACAUCGGCCACAUUAGAGAUUCUGAGAUGGCACAUUUUGUGUCAUAAUUAAGUGAUCUGAUGGGCCUCUUCAUUUACAAGCCAUUAUGUACAAUAACUCACCCCCUAGAAGUGGGCCAAAUGGCAUUUAUAGUCCAGUAUAUAAUUUGUAUCAGGUACUUCUCUGUUUCCUACAAUAGUAGCCUUGAAGGUCUGUUCUGUAUGCUGGGAAGGAUUGGAUGACACAUCUGGGGGUGUGGUGAUAACUUCCCAGCCUUAUCUGGAGCAGAUGUUGUAAGUAUAGUUAUUUUUCAAGCCCUUUCUCAUUACUCUGUAGCAAAUUUUAAAUUCUCCAUUGUAGUAACUGAAAUACAAAAUAUCUGACACUAUUUGUACUUAGUGCUGAACAUUUUCCCCCUUGCAUCUUUAGUUCUUCAGGGAUAUUAUG